AUGGGUAGUUCUUGUUUGUUACAGAACUCGGACGGGCGUGGUAGAGGCGUGGGGCGCGGCGCGUGGCGGCGGCGCGGGCGCGGGCGGCGCCAUGACGCGGCGCCCGCCACCAUGACGCUGCCGCCGCCCGCGCGCCCCGCGCACCCCGCCGCGCACCGCGCAAUGCGCUAUUACCGCAUCUGGAUCUACGCGUGCAACGGCGCGCUGCUGCUGGGGGCGCUCGCAUUCUGCGCGGCGGCGGGGCGCGCUCUCUCCGACUACCGCCGGGCGCUCGUGCCCGGCCUUGGGGCUGCCCAGCCCGGCUUCCUUUACGGCUACGCGGCUCUGCCUGCGCAAGCUGGUCUUCUACAACUUCUAGGCUGCCUCGCCGCACUGCGCCUCUCCGAGCGCAUGCUUAACGCCUAUUGGCUCGCUCUGUUAGCAUUGCUCGUCGGCGACGCUGCGAUCGGAGUCUAUUGGGCAUUCCGCUUCGAACGGGUCUGCCGAGAACUGCGUCCGCAGCUUCGUGUACGCCUCGCUAAGGACUACGAACACGAUUUGGACUUCUCCGAGGCCUGGGACCGCCUUCAGAGGGAGCAACGUUGUUGCGGUGUGACGGGUCCGGCUGAUUUCGCAGCUUUCAACCGCACGACUCUACCGCCGAGUUGCUGUCGCAUCCCAGCCCACACAUCCGCCGUGACGCCGGCGUUGCUCGCCACCACCUCAGCUUCAUCUCCUGUGCCCUUUACAUCUGUGCAUUGCGCCCCGCACACUGCUGCUUGUGCGGAGCGUCUAUUAGUUUGGCUACGGCGGACAGCUGACGCGUUAUUUGUGCUAGGGUAUUGCGUGAUAGCAUUUUUAAAGUUGUGCUUCCUCGGAAUCCUCCGAUACGAAAUAAAGGAGAUGAUCCAAAAAAUUAGAAUAUUACGUAGCGAAAUAGGUGCAGGAGAACUACUGGAUGGCAGCCCCAUUCACGGCGGACCACUAUCACAGACUGUGAUAGUCAACGCUGUGAAUGCGAAUGGCGGUGUACGCGCACAUGCUGGCAGCCCAGAGCGGGCGAGCGAGCGGGAGGCACUGCUGGGGCGCGCAUCCGAGGCUUGUUCACGGAGGGGUACGCACGAUGAGCCUCUCGGACCAAAGACCGUCAAUGGCAACAACAACUGCGAAAUGCGAGAAUUGGCACGGGGCGAAUACAGGCCGCUAGCAGUGGACAGUGCAGCGACUCGGAUCUGA